AUGUGGACAAAUGUCUUCAAAAUUGUAAUAAUCAAACUUUUUUUUUUAAUAACGUAAAUACAUUCUUAGUUUGUUUUCUUCUUACUAUUUCUGCCUCUGCGUUUAGUGAAUGCCAAAUUUUAUUUUGUCCAUAACUUUGUAUGAAUUGCAAGUCCCAUGUCCAUUUGCUGCAUUUUGUGAAAUGAUCUUGAGAGUUAAAUAGAUAGGUUCAUUUCUCAUGUGGUCUUCAGAAAGUGUUCUCUCAAGAACGUCUUUCUGUGCUAUAUCAACAAGGGUUCAGUUAAGGACACAAUAUUUGGAAUGGAUAAACAAGGUUAUCAACAUUGGUAUCAGAUGAGUCUGGUGAGAUCUUUCCUUCAAAAAAUGCAAGCCUAGAUGGGAUUGGCUGAUGGAAACCUCUGUGUUUAUAUGUCUAAAUUCAGAGUUGAAUAGACUGCGAGGGAAAGAAGAAAUCAAAAAAGGUUUUUAAACUCGGAUCGAGUGGUCUUUAGGAGCCUCCUUAUGGGUCAAAUCAAUUAACGACACUUCCUGUGUAUAUGCUAUUGUGAGUAAUGAUGUAUCAGAUCUCAUUAAGAUACAGAAAUUUGUCGGUGAAAGUUAUAAAGUAUGUUGGAACACCAUUGCAUAAUUUUUUGACGAUAAGGAUGUUUUACUGACUUAGUUUUCUCUGUCGCUGUUUAUCUAUGCCAGAUGACAUCUUCUUGUCUAUCGUAUUUUUAUAUAUUUUGUUCAGGGAGGCCUUCAGCUUGUUUCCUGGUUCCAAUUUCUUCCAUACGAAUUCGAUCCAUCCUCGCUACCAGAGAAAAGGUGCUCUUUAUAAUUUUUUCAUUUCUAUUAAGUAUAUUUGUAAUAAUGUUCCUGAAGAUGGUGUGUUGGAUUUGUUCCUCUUGGAUGAUGCUUACAUCCCUCCACAACCAACAGUCAUAGAUCAGAGGAAAGAGAUGCUACUACUUUGUCCAUACUUUCUUCUCAUCUCCAACUGCAAAAUGAAGGGUUCCUCAGCACAUGGACUAACUCUUUUGUUGGCCCUUGGGAUCCGUCUCAGGGUGUGCACAACCCCGGUGAGCUUUGUAAGCUGUAUCUUAGAUAUCCCUUUUUAAGUUUUUACUUGUUCUCUGUAAAUUGAAUCAAAGUAAUGUUACAAGCAGAUGAGAAAAUCAAACUUUGGCUUUUUCUUCCGGGAUGUCAUUCGUCAGUUUCUGAAUCUGCACAUGCUGCUGUUUCACGUCUGAGAGGUACUAGCCCUUGGAAAUUUUGCAUUGAAUUCAUGAAAUCGUUUAAUUUUGUUAUCGUGCUGAAUUUCCGUUUUUGAUGCUCAUAUAAUUGUAUUGAAAGUUUCUCCUCUUUCAUAUGUCCCUGUAAGUCAUUGCAAGUGGAGUUUGGUCAGCUCCAGGGGACUCAGAAGAGGUUGCACUUGCCCUAUCGCAAUCUCUGAGAAAUCGCAUCGAGAGGUUUUCCUUGGUUCCUUAGUUUAUUUUUUUGCCCGUUUUUGUUCUCAGUCUUGAUCUAUCAUUUAUGUGCACUGCAGAUCUCUUAGGACACUUUCCUAUGUAAGAUUUGGAGAUGUGUUCACAAAAUGUGACCCGUUUUCUUCAAGUGAAAAAAAUUUCAGGUUAGCUCACGAAGUCUCACCAUGUCAAAGUUUCUUAUUAUUGCAAGGGAGUUUGUCAUGACUUUAUUUAAUAUUUUAUGUUCAAAUGUAUCUGUAUUUUAGUUCGUGCUUUUUUUUCGAGUCUUAAUAUGUUUUUGUUUCCACGGUUGUAUCUAUAGGCAAAAUAGAGGCAAUUUACUCGACGAGUUUUUGAUGUAUCUUUAUACUAAACGAUUGGAUAGUGAAAAUAUUAAAGGAGAGUCUAUUGGAAACUUUCUUUUCUUGUCACGUGAGAGAAAAUCUCUCUUUGUGGGGACUCAUAAUUUAUGAAUGAGAAAAACCUUAGUAGCUUUAGGAAUACUUGUAUGCCAAAUGAAGUGAGUGAAGCCUUUAAAUGUAGCUCAUCGACAACUACUCUUUGGAUUUCCAUCUCUCUGUACUUGUAUCUUGUUUCUUAAAAUUCAAUGCAACUUUGGAUGAUUCUAUCCGCGGGAAAUUCGUCCGUCUCUAAUCUCCUCUUCCACGUGGUCUGUUCUAAAGUAUAGCUGCCAUCUUCCCUCAUUUGGAUGCGUUGCUCUUGCCUUGUUAAGGUGAGCCUUUAUCUCAUAGGCCAUUGGUUGUCUAGCUAACUGACAGGGAACGGAGUAUUCGCCUUUUGCAGCAUGUUCAGAAGCCGUAUGUCAUGAUGUUGAGUUGUGGAGGGAAUUCUCGGGUUUUUGCACCGCAUAAUGAUGUAGAGUCCAGGCCGAUGCAUCAUUUAGACUGAGACCUCGUCAUUAUUGCUAAGGCUUCGUCAUUAGAAACAGGCGAUGAUAAUUGUUCACUGUAGACUGAAUAACCAACAAAGCUUAUCAUAAAGUAGGGUACUAGUAUGAAGAAGAUUUUGUGUAUUGAUAAAGGUCCAUGGUUGAUGUUGCGCUUACUAGUUGACUGCUUUUGUUCAGGAUGCUCAUCUUAUCUUCUGUGCUUCAAUUUAUUUUGAAGUUAUACCUUAUUCUAUAUCUGCUUGAUUACCAUACCUAAUGUGGGAUGUUUUGAUAGUCUUCACAACUUUGUUACUAGAAUUCUAUUUCUGUUUUCCCGUGGACUGUCUAUUCCUUACUAAUAUCUUUAUUGCUAAUCGGGUGUUAACUGUGUUAUCUGUAGGAGACUGCAGCCAACGUUUGAGUUUGUUUUUGCGGCUACUGAGGAAGCUAUCUUUGUGCAUGUAGUAGUAUCUGCUAAGUACGAGUUUAUUUCCCAAUGAUCUUUUGUUUCGGUUCAGAUAUUUUGAUAUAUGGUGAAGUAUGUGCACACUUGAUUUUCUAGGCAUAUUCGAGGGCUUCCUGAGGAUGAUGUGAAGAGAGCUCUAAAGUAUCUCUCUUAUGGGAAGAUUGGAGAAGGCUUACCUGGUAUGCUACGUUUUCCGUUUGUGUCUACGCUCAUUUAUUUGCUGUUUGCAUGCAUGCCUCCAUGUAGUAUUUGUAUGUAUGCAUGUAUAUUCAUAAAUGAUGCAUAUUACCUGGUAAUGCUAUGAAGGCUUACCUGGCGGGUGUAUGUGUUUUGCGUCAUAUGAAUAGCUCAAUUAGAGUUCAAUGCCAAUAUAUAUUUUUUAAUCUAAAUAUCACCGAAAUCCAUUAUAGUUAGUAAUAUGCAUCUGAAAUCACUGGUUAACCCCCUAUUAAAUUGCUAGGCUGAGUUUGAUCCAACUUUUAAAUGUUCAGCAUUAGAUUGGAAAAACCUAUUAAAAUUUACUUCUUCUGAGGCAGGGAUAGUUGGUAGCAACCCUCCUUCCUUUUAUUGUCGCCAGAUGUGGGAGUGAGGGAGGGAGGGAGCGAGGGAUUCAGAAGGAAACAUGGGGGUUUUUAUCUCCAUGGUAUUCUGAAUCGAAUCGGUUUCCCAAAUCGGGGGAUAAUCUGAUUUGGACAUGACAGAUUAACAGAUUGGCCAGUUUGAGGGAAAAGGUUGUUUCUAGUGAAAAUAAUCUGAUAGAUACUUUCAUAUUUUUUGUACUCUACCUGCAAAAUGAUUUUGGAAAGAGUACAACUAAAAUGAAAUGUCGUAAGUGGGCUUUUAAUAAAACGACUCCUUCCCUAUCUUAAUAUGUCCUCUUGUCCCGGAUCAAGUCCUUGGUUUGGGCUGGUGAGGGGAUGAGUGGGAUGUGAGCAACUCGUGACUAUGGUGACUUAUAACAAUCGUGGGGUAUACCAACCAAUAACAAGGAAGUUUAUGCCCUUUUCAUUGGUCUUUGUCUUCUUCUUCCUCCACCCUUUACUGGCAGGUGGUGUUUCUCUCAUCUCUCUUCUUCCUCCGGCACUGACUAGACGGCCUUAUUGAGGAGUGAGCCAGCCGAAUUAAUGCCAGUUGAAUUCUGAAAUUCUGUUUGCCGCCUUGGUGUUUUUUUUGUCAUUUAAAUGUGAGGUGGAAUAUCACUCCUUGACAUCAGAUCUGGCAUGGCUCAUCACUAUCUUUACCAAAUCUCCUCUAUAGGAUGAGAGGUCAAUUGCACGCAGGGAAGGCAGGGGGAAGGACCCUUGUCAUAAAGUCUGAUCCUAUCUUGGUUUAGAUUAGAUUAGUCAAGUUAGCUAAUCUUGGUGGAAAUGUUAAAAUAGACAGGUUAGGUUAUUUUGCAGUUUUUAUUUGUGUAUUUAUAAGUACUUUGAUGGACGGAAUACAACUCCAUUAAUACAAUAAGAGAAGGCUUUUUGUGUUCUUUGUGGUAGUUGUAUUCCUUUACUUGGGAGGAGACAGAAAAUUGUGGUAAUUUUUAAUUAGUUUUUGUUUCCUUUUAGAUUGUGGGAAUUGAGUGAGAAUUUUCUGGCGGGGUACAUGGUGUUGAAAUGGGGAUAUAAACCUCUUCACAAAGGACAGAGGGGAGAAUGGGAGAAACUGCCACAAGAUUCAUUCAACUUGACCCCCAUUAUAUAGGGAGUAACGAUACACAGUUUUUUGCAAAAACACCCUCAACUAUUAUACUAUUUCCCUAUGACCUAGAACUUCCAACACGGCAAUGACAAUGAGAGCCAGUGUAAAAAAUUGUGUUAUUAGCAGUAUAGUAAACGUGGUAUGGUCGAGGGUGCUUGUGGAACCUUGCAAUGAUCUGAACCAGUACAAAAAAUUGGAUAAUUAGUCUGUCCAGUGCUCAAUGAAUUCGUGUCAGGUGCUUGGUUUACCUUGGGCGGGGUUUUCUUUUUUUUGAAUGGUACAUUGAGCUUGGCAUUCACACGGUUACUAUAUUUUUUUAUUUCAAUGUCUUUAACGUGUCUGCUGAUAGAAAUCGUCACCACAUGAUUCUUCUGUGUUUGGAGAAGAAAAAUCUGACCACUUCGGAAUAUUGAUAAAGAAAAAGGUAUAGUGGCCACGGUUACUUGGAGUGGUCAAUUCCUGAUUUGAUCUACUUCCAGGUCUUGGGAAAAAAGCUUCCAGAUAACUGUUUGCCGGAGGAUGGAAGGAAGAAGUAGAUGAAAAGUGAUAAAAUAUAACAUUUCUUUGCCCUCCAUUUACCAACGCUGGCUGGUGUCAUCUGCUGCUGCCUACUGCUACAGCUACUGUUACCUGUCUUAUGGUUUGGGAGCAUGUAAUAUAUGCGUUUUGUGAAAAAAAUUCAUCCUAAACAUCUCUUAGGUGAAAAUGCACACAUCCAAUCACCCAACAUAAUUUCAACUCCACGAAACUACAAUCCUGUUCUCGAAGAAAUAAGUCAUGCUGAUGUUUUUUAACCUUGUUCGUAAGUACAUGAUUGGAAAGUUAACUCUAUCUUUUUGUUUUGGACUUUGUGACACUUUUUCAGUCAUUACUGCUCCAAAUGGAUUGCGAGGCAGGCUUGUUGGCGGUUGCCCCAGUGAUCUUGUAAAACAAGUGUAUCUCAGGUAUACAGUUUCAUCAUUUUCUUCAUAGGUUGUAGAGAAAAGGUCCUGCCUAUGCUGAUCUGCGAAACCAUUCAAGAAUUGGUUCCAAUGAGGAAUGCCAAAAAUCGAUUGCAUUUUUUAGUCAACCUACUUUUGGUGUUGAAACCAACCCAAAAUGCUUUGACUAAUAGCCACCUUCGGUUGAAUGAUUGAUCAUCUGCCGUUGUCAAAGGCUUCUUAAAACCGGGAGAUAUCCAUUUCCGUGGGGAGAGAUGAGAUCACCAUCUUUACAUGUAUAUGAGCUGAUGCGACUCUAAUUAUGUGAAUUUGCUCUACCACCCUUACUUACUUACACUUAUUCUAGUUUUAAGUUGACAUUAGGUUACGAUAUCAACGAUCUAGGACAUGACCUCUAAAUCUCUCUCAGAGGUUUCUGCUUGUGCUAAAAAUGGUUGCGUUACAAACUGGUUUAUCCCGUUUAACUCAUCGGAGAAACGACUAAUAUUGGUUUUUAGUGUGCAUCGUUACUCUCUUCACUUGUUUUCGCAAACCAUGCAAGGAUAAACAGUGGAAAAUUCUCGUCUCUUCUCAUAGAACAAUUGGUAGUUAUAUAGAAUUAACCUGGCCACAAAAAAGGAAACUACCCAAGUUAAGGAUGCUGACCGACAGGAACUAAUUCCUAAUUACACGUUUUUCCCACAGUUUUCACUAAUAUAGUCAAUUUACUUGCUCUAUGUUAUUGAAAUAUUUUAUUCAUUCUUUCAUUCUCAAAAUUUUCACUGUAUAUCUUUUUCUAGAUUUAUUUUGCGCUUUCAAGGCUUCUUGUGCAAAUAAUGGAUUUAAUGAUGGUUUGACUUGCUCAUACUAAGCUGAUAAGUGACCUGCCAUAUCAUGUGUUUACCCAUUAGGACGGGCCAAGAUAAUCUUAAUGUGAUUAGUGUUUGGGCUCUAGCCAGGUUGAUUGACAAUUGUAGGUCGGAGUGCGCAGACGGACUCAUCUAUUUUUCUAGGGUAGAGUAUUCAUAAAUCUUGAGUGUUUAAAUGGGGUAAGCACGUUAUCCAGUUCUUAGAAAAUUUAUUGCUCAAGUGGCCGCUGGAUUUUACAUUUUCCUAAUCCACUCAGUUUAUAUGUCAAGUUCCUAGCAGGAUGGUUUGAGUCAGGAUUCUCAACCUCCAAGUUUAAUUCUGAUGAACUUUGGUGUUGAGUUCUCUCCGUUUCUCUCAAUAGUGUUCUCUUCCGGUUAUGUUCAUAUAUUUCCAUAAAGAAACGAGAGUAAAACAUGUUUCUGAUUAUUCUACUUUUCUGAGAAAAUCACGUAAUGCUGAAUCAAUCAGUUUUGACUUGAUGUUCAGAAUUACAAUGGGUUCUAACUGGUUUUUUUUUUUUUUUUUUGUGAAACUAUCCCAGCAAGGUUACAUCUUCGAAUGGUUUUAGCGCCCUUGAUACGCCUUUCCACUUUGCCCAGUAUUCUGGCUGCCGUUUGAAGGGUCAGAACUGCUAUGUUGAAGUGGCUGUCGGCAGUACAUUGCUUUCAGGUCCAAAUCCCAGCAAAAAUAUUGUGAACUAUCCUACAGAUGAGCCGCAUCUUAAUGCUCAGGGAAGAGGUGAAAAGAAACAGGGUCUAUCUGGAGGUUUUUCGAAUCUUGACAGAACACUAAUAUACCCCGUAGAAGCAAUACUUGUUCCAGUACUGUACAAAGCCUUUGCUAAAUCCUCUCCAAAGAGGUAUCCCAUCUAUUCACCUUUCAAUUUGUUCCUGUACUUAUCUCUUGGUUGGUUGACCCAAAUGUUUAUCUGCAGAUUUUGGCUUCAGAAUUGGCUUGGAACAACAUUUUCUGAUGUUUGGACAUUAUGGGAUUCUUCUGACCCUUCCUUGGCUAUCCAUAGGUCAGUUUUUAUGUCUGAUAAACAUCGAUGUUUUCCUGUUACGUUGACUAAAAGUUAUAAUUUUCCACCUGUUUUUGGUCUCACCAUUGAAUGAAUAGCAUAUAUGCUCUUUUGUUCUACUUAGGCUGGGAAUUUGCUUGAACUUAUGGUUGGCACAAUAGCUACAUUUUGAAAAUAUCAUUUAUGUCUUUUAGAUUAUCCUCGCAUAUGUAUAAGACCGAAUCCAUUCGAUUUCUAAAAAGGAUUAAUCCUUAACUUUUCGAGGAAUCCUCCAUCAGUGGUUGUGAAUGACUGACUUUUUCAAUCUUUCAACCUUGGUUGCGUAGGAGCAAGCUAGAAAGAUUGGGAAAAAGAACCAUCUGAUUUGAUUCGUUCUCAAUAGCCAUGAGAUGAUCAUCUUAGGGUGAUUCUUUGUGAUGGAUGCUCCUAUUACACUCGUAGUCUCUGAAGGAUGAGAACCAACUAUGUAGCAUCUACAUCGAAAAUUCUUGUAUACGUCAUUUGUCCGGCCCUUUGUAGUAACUACCCGUAAUAACGAACUUGCAAAAUGGAUCUGUUUACCAUAAAGAGAUUCGUUGUUCCUGACCCUGCUUCUUUGGUACUACAACGAGGGCCAUCAAAAACAAUUGGAAGGCUUGAUGUCCAGUGUGGAAUUAGCGAGUGAAGUGACAUUGGAGAACAAGUAUUUCCAGCAGAAAUUUGGAGACGUCAGCGAUAGAAGCAUGGAGGAGAGGUUUUUGGACCGUUCAAUCUUUUAAACAGAGACUGCAGACCAGAAAAACUCUCUUAUCCAUUCUAGUAAAAGUGUACAUAUUUUAGCUCCUUAAUUUUCUGUAGUAUUUAACGAUCCUUGUACAUAUUUCCUCUGACAGAGACAGAUGUCUUCUGUACAUUUAGUCACAUGUAUGCCGUAGAAAUUCUUAAGAAGGUUUCGAUGUUUUCUUCUGAACUCUUUUGUUAAGUUGAUCUUUAACACCGCUUGUGGCUUUGGCGUCAUCUAAAUUUCUAGAUGUCUGUUUACCAUAUGUCUGUUUGUGAGUACGGUGGUCUAAAUUCCUUUUACUUAUUUAUUUUGUUACGGCUUUGGUGUUAUCUAAUAAGCAGCCUGGAUUGACACUUUAUCAUAUAUUUGUUUUUGAGUACGAUAGUGAUUUGAAUUCCUUUUAUUUAAGAAAAGAGUACCACGGCUGUUUUGAAUAUCUGAAACCAAGAUCAAAGAGACUACUCCCGUCCAGGACCUUUUCUGACUUGCACAUAUUCCCUUUCACUUCAUAGCUUGGUAGACACUGUACAAUCGUUUCUAAAUAUUCCCGUUCAAAAAUAUGUUAUUUAGAUCAAGCUAAUUAAGGUUCAAAGAGUGAUCCCCGGUCAAUGAGACGAUUACCCUCAUUGCCACGUUGAAAAGUUUAUUGCUAAUCUAUUUUAUGUGUUGAUGUCAAGCUUUUGCUACUAGUUUCUCCAUCAAUUCAUCUGCUAAAAAAUCAUUUGGAGCAAAGUAAUGUCUACUCAUUUGAGAGAUCCGCCAGCUGCCUAAUAGUAAGAUGGUGAAAGAUAUAAGCAGCAGAGAUACUUGGAUGUUGUGCUUUUUGUGCACUCUUUGGCUCCCUUUCUUAGAGUUGAUCGGAGUUGGAGAGCCAUGAAAUAAGGUAGUGGCUCAAAUUGAUUUUUAGGAUAAACAUCCUUUUGAGAGUGAUCAUAAAUAGGAACUUCAUCCCCUUUUCUUAUUUUUCUUGUGUUUGUAAACGACUAUUUCUCUUUUCCACCAGAGAUGAUCUUGGUCCAUGCGUCAUGAGGAGAUACGUCUAUGGCACUCGACUUAAUUUAUCUCACCUAAACAUUAAAAAGACAUGGAGUGCAAACAUAGAGGGCUUGGCUAGAGGGAUGCAUCUUCUCUUGCAUACCCAACGAAGGAUAUUAUACUCUGACUUUGAAAAUGUGACGUCUUUUGUUGCAUAGCCUCUCUCUAUCUUUGGGUCAAGACACUUUAUGUAUGAGUAAAUGAAUUGCAAGAAAGACAUCUUUAUGCUCAUUGAUCAAAUUUAUAAGACUCUUACUCGUCCAUUCUCUCCUUAAGAAAGCUGAAACAAGGAUUUGCUUGAAUUGAGAAAGGUGCAAUGGAAUCAUGAUCUUGAAACACGGUUGAUGGUGUCCUAUGUGUAUCUUAAGAUGCUAUAGCUAUAGCUGCACCAUUUACCCCAUAUCUGUUGGGUAGCUUCUCUUUGGCAGUAAGGUUCUAGCAAUCUGUAGAUGUUUGCUCUAUCUCUCGACCACUUCAUUGCCCUUUUUACUAUCGAGUGUACAAAAAAAUAACUCAUGGACAAUGUCUUCAUAGUUCAUAAAAAUGACUAGAUGUUUCUGAAAAUCUUCUUCAUCUUUGUCAUAUCUAAGCGCUUCUAAUUUUCUGUCAAAUAGUUGAUAUUGCACGAUUUCAUUGGACCGUUGGACAGAAGGAACGUUUUCAUUUAUCUCCAUGAAGUAUGUGGCCAUGAAUGAAACUAUCAAAAUGCCACGGCUACUCCAGAGGAAAUAUUAGAAGGUUCCCACACAUCUGAACUUAUCUAUUCACACAAUGAAGGGUAAACGAUUUUUAAGAGCCUAAAAAAUGCACCAUGUCCUUGAUGCCCAUACUACGAAUGCAUCUCAUUGGUUUCUUAGUCAACAUCUAUAUCGGCCUGAGUUCUAGAGUUGUGCCUUAGCCCCCUCCACAGAAAAAAUAAAAUAAAAAUUAUGACCACUUUCAAUAAUUUUUUCUGUAUUUAAAUCUCGAGAAGUAUAGCAGUUAGGAAAGGAUUUUACAAAGUAGCUAUUGCCUAUAGUCAGAGUAAUUGUUCGGAAGCGAAUUCGUACAUAAUGCAAAUGCAUGUAUGUUAUUACACAGUCUGUUAAUGCUCUUUUUGGCAAUUGUGGUGCUUCCUAUUGACUAUCAUUACAUUAUCUUAGAGGGCCUAUGGCCAUGUGGUCUAUGGCAUUCGGUUUAUGAUUUAUGACGUAUUUUUAGAUGGAUGGUAGUACACUUACCAACUGUCACUGUACAUUGCCGAAGAGAUAAUGCAGUCAAAUGAGAGGGGCUAUAAAAGCCUUCUGUGCAACUGCAUUAAGUCGUUUUAUAAAUACUUACGAGAGAAUACUCGUUGCUUUUUGCAGAGCCUUCAACAAAACAAACAGUAAAGAUGUCCACUGGCUGAGCCACCACAAUGUUUCUCUUUCCUUACUAAAUAUUUUGUUUGCGUCGAAUUUUUUGGUUUCUUGUCUGGUUGCAUUUUCCAGCAUAAAUCCUCAGUUUGUGGCGAUCUCCAGACUUCCUUCCUCUACACUUAUCUUUCUGUGUUCUACUCCUACAUUUUUUAGGGUUGAAUCUAUAUCCCAUCUAUGCCUACAGUUGAGCUCUCUGUGCUUUUACUAACUACUUUUAAUUGACGGUCUUCACUUAGACUUUUACUGAUGACCUGUGCUGAUGAGGGAACAUGAUCGAAAUCUAUUUCUUCUAAAUUUCAAAUUCUUGCCUCAGCCAGUCGAUACUUUUGAAAUUGUGUUUCUGUAAACAUUUUUAGAAAUUAUCCCACCCAUUAAUGGCAUGAUAGUGAAUAUUCCAUUACACUUCGUGUUACCACUGUGAACGCUGACAAGUUUCUUUGUCAUUGCUUAUGGAUGGUUCCAGCCUGUUGAUAUCUAUUUGCAAUAUCUCACUUCUGCUUAAAUAUUGCCCUAUGAAUCACCUACAUCUAUCCUCUUGUCUUCUUCCUAACAACAAUCUGUUGGAAGUAGCUGCUUUUAGAGUUGAAGGUCUAUGGCAUAUCAAUGCUAUUCCUCUGGUUUCAUUUCUUAUUCUUGGAGACUUUCUAUUCUGGAGCGAGUUUUCCAUUAAUAUAGGCAGCCUUACCUGUUAUUGACGUCCUCUCAACUGUAAGCCACCUAUAGUUCUGAUUCAGUUUUGGAAAGAGUCAUCUGCAUGCAGAAAAUUUCGAAGUCCAUGAUUGAUAGUCCUGCCGAAGAAGAAACCUUAAUUAGAAACAAAACGGGGAUAACAAUAGAUAUAAGUUCUAAAUAAGGUUGGCAGCACCAACAAAGUCCUAAUACGGGGAUAGUAUAAUAAAAACCACCAAGGCAAGCACGCCUGAGAUUUUUCAACAACUACUGCGUGAUCACAGCCUCCAAAUACUGCAAUAGACCCUUCAGUUCGUCUGCUGCAGCACGGAAGACCCGAAGCAUGGUAUCAAGUGAGGAUGAGAGGAUGGUGGCGUGGGUCAAUCUAUUAGGAUCCAUUCAAUGUGUAAGGAUGAAAUCGAAGUCUGGCCAAUUGCAUAAUUGCUGCCGUUCCCUCAAGCAAAUCAGGGGGUUUAAAAUGACCAAAAUACAAAACCUAUGUAAGCACUCUCAACACCUCAUGAGGGUUAUUGUAUCCACACAAUAUUUUGAUACUCCGACUAACACCCGGACCUCUCAAUUCAUUUAAACCCCUUCCGCAAGAUACAAACGUGGUGCCAAAAUCUAGGAGAUGGAAUUGGUCUAAAUGUUACCUUGUUUCUGCAUUUGAAGUUCUGUAAAUCCUUCAGGGUUUCAGAGUAUCUCGUAUGUUACGUUAGUAGAUGUCCAAGGAUCAAUAAAAAAUCUUCUUAGGCAUGCGAAUAAAAGUUCUCUUUCAGUGAGUCAUAAUCAUUUUCAAAAUAUCUACUCAACAGACAUGUUAGCUCACUGCUUAAAGUGAUAUAGGUUGUUUUAUGAGUUUUGAGUACUUUAUAACAUCCCAUCCAUGCUACAAACUUUAUAACUGGAUACAGAUAAUUGAAAAUUUGAAAUCGUAGACCGAAUCAAGACGUUAGUAGAUGCUAGAUUGGUAGACCUGCUUGCUAUUCCUUAGAGCCAACUUUCAAUGACUAUUUAAUUGAGAAAAAAAUCCAAUAUAUAGGCUUACAUCCAAUGCCAUAUGAGGUUCCCUUUAUGCAGUGAACUUAUCAAUGAUUAUUUGAAUGAGGCUAAGUGAACUCUCAUCUCUUAAUAUCUCUAAUCCUUUUCAUCAUACAAGCCGAGAUAAACAGAAAGUGUAUAGUCUUGGAAAGAUUUUAUUUGCUAGCAAGAUUCAUAAAUAUGCCAAUUUCUUAUUGAAGCAUGUGGUCUGAACUUCUAAGAUUAAAGAACUCUCAUUGCAAUCGACAAGGUUCAAUGUUUAGAUCACUGACAAAAAAAGCAUCACUUGAAUGCUGGGAAGCAAAAUAUAUAUAAACUGAUAAGAUGGCCUCAUGUUUCUCGUACUUUAUUAUGUUGGGGUUCUAGAAGAUAUAGUUAAUUCUGAGAAGUUUGUUUCUUUUAAACCUUUUUCAUGGUUUGAUUACUCCUUGGCACAGUUUGGAACUCGAAAGCGCUGCAAUGGUGGAGCCUAUAAGUGGCGUUAUGGUUGAAUCAGCUUCUAUGAGCAAUGGUGCUGCAAUGGUGCAGCAGAGAUAUAAUAGCAGCAGCAACAGCAAUGGUAGCAGCCUCAGCAGUAUAAGUAGCACAUCCAGCGGCAGUGAGAAUGUGGCAGCUGUUGGAACUCGUGAUCUUGAAGCAGAUGCGGAUUCUGUUGCCUGCAGACAGUCUGGAUUAUCUAGAAAUGAGCACGUUGACAAUAAUGACCGGAAAAUGGUAAAAUUUGGCUUGAUUAGAUUAAUUAAUCGAAAGUUUAAUAAGAACAAUGCAAUGGAGUGCCAUAUCAACCGAUAAGUACUGUCCUGUGCUAUUUAGUUGACUUCUUAACGUUUUAUUUCGUGAAUGUUUAUGAAAACAGCUUUAAAGUGCAACAUAUAUUUCACCAAAAGCAAAUAUUUUAAAAUUUUUAACUUAUGUUUUCAUCUUCAAUAGAUUAAUAUUAUUCUAGUCCUCGUAUUAGUCCCAUUUUGGUUUUUUUUUGUGCCAUGGCCUAUCUUCUCGAAUUGCCUACUCUAGAAUAUGGUGAGUUGCUCUAUUUUUUCAACAUUUGUUUCCAUCAAAAAAGAAAAACAUUCUAGAAAACGGUUUUAGAUAGAAAAGCAGGGCCACAGUGAGGGAAUUUCGUUUCCUGAUAGAAAGAUGUAUCUAUGCAGAGUGUGGAGAGGGAAUUAUUGUCCAUGAAUUUUAUAUAUGGUUAGUGUAAACUAAACUAAACUGUGAACCAGCUGCUGCGAUUUUGCAUGACCUGAGGUUCUUCAGGGUUGGUGAUCAAAGGGAAAGUAUAUUCUAAUAUUUGCAAUUAAUCGUUGGAUGCGUUUUGUGCAAUCAUUUACAAAUAUUUUUAAGAGAGUUGAAAACAGGGGCAUUUUAUGGACUACCAUUAGGAUGGUAGUGUGGAUAGAAGAAAGUUGAGGUUUUGAAUGAAGUUCACUGUCAUGAUCUGUCCGCGGCUCUUUUUUAUCAGUCCAUGUUUUCAACACAGGAGAUGCAUGUGGUGGACCAUUUUUGGGUUUUUGAGGACAAUAAGCUACAAUGUAGGAAUGAAAGAACAGAGGAGGUUUUGGUCGUCAUUAUGGUCUGACAUCAGACCUAACCAGAAAGGAAAGGAAAAAAAAAUCCUUUUCUUUGAUCUCAUCAUUUAUCGUUUGGAUUUAACCUUUUUUGUUGCAUAUUUGUAACAUGAGGGCAGACUAAAAUCUGGUAGUACAUAGGAUUUAGUUGGUUGCUAUGGUCUGACAUCAGACCUAACCAUAAAGGAAGGGAAAAAAAAUCCUUUUCUUUGAUCUCAGCAUUUAUCGUUUGGAUUUAACCUUUUUUGUCCCAUAUUUUUGACAUGAGGGUAGACUAAAAUUUUGUAGUACAUUGGAUUUAGUUGGUUGCUAUGAGAGUAGUGUAAUUAUAGUCUUUUAUGUGCUGGCAAUGCUAAUGAUAGAGCAUAUUAAUGGAUCGAUAAUAAUUGUUAAGGAUGCCAAGGUUAUAAAGUAUGAGAUAGAUGAAACGAUAAUGUCUAUAACUGAUAAUGAAAUUUGAUAGUAGGAAGGCCCAAAAUAUUUGGUUUACUUUUCAAAUAUAGUGACGCCAAGUUUAGAUGGAGCAAGAAGUUUGAAGCUGAUGUCUAAAAAAAUCUAAACUUGGCGAGAAGACGUUGUGGAGAGCUGGGACAAAAGACAUUAAAUUAGACUGAUGGUUGCUCAUUUUAAAGAAUAUACUACAUACCAUGACAUUGGAAUUGAACUGAAACUCUUGAAAAAUAUGAAGGAUCUGUAAUAUUAAAUUCUCUUUAAUAUUUUGAAGAAAAUGGUCCAAUAUCCAAUUUUCAAAAGAGCUUCAUACAAAAGUUAUUCUCAGCGUAAGCAACCAAGUUAACCCAUUCUGUGCCAGUUAUAUAUCCUUACGGAAAAGUGAAGACGCUAACAAUUCCGUUUUAAAAGGUUGCCUUGCGAUUCAACUCAAGUUGGACCAAUUCGGCUUAGAUCGACAUUGGUUAGAUUGCAUUGCCUCAUGCAAUAAAACAUGAUCUACACAGGUUGGCGCAACUAACCUUAUGAGCCUUCAGUCCAACUAAGAAGUGACUAACCUUGGAAGCCUUAAAAAAAACUGUGUAAUUUUGCCCGCUCAAUUUCCGUCUUUGUCAUUCUUAAACGUUGCCUUCACUUAUUUAUCGGUAACUCAGUUUGGUAAGACACCUGAUGUAUUAAUUGGUAUUACUUGUGGGAGAAAUUUCUCUUGUUAUCCCGUUAACAUGACGAGCAGAAAGGAUAAUUUUUUUUGUCGCAUUUGUUUCAUGUUAACUUCUUUAUUUACAAAUAACUGGUGCAUUGAUUUUAGGUCUCAAAACGUUCACGAACAGGCAUCGCGGAAUCGUGUGAUCAAGCAGGAACAUUUGGUACUGAAACCAUGCAAGAAACAUACAAGUCUGAGUAUAGUGUUGUUGAAGCAAACAGUUCAGCCGCUGCGAUUGUGACAAAUGAUGGGAUUGGAUCGUAUUGGGAUUUAGCUGAUGAUGAUGGAGACUAUGGCAUAAAUAUCCAAUCACUUCUUUCUGAAUUUGGUGAUUUUGGUGACUUCUUUGUAAAUGACAAUCUUUGCUUUGGGGAGGUAAUAGUUUUCUUCUUUCCAUUUUCACUCCGUCAUAGGUUGAAAGGGUUCCCUGUAUUUUCAUCUUUGUAUUAGUUGGGUAGUUGGUGGUCUUCGAUAUAUUGUAACCUUUCCUUGGCGAUAUUUUUGCCAGUUAUGAGAAUGUGCAUAUUUGAGGUUGAAGUUUAGUAUUGUAAUUACCUUCUCUUUACUCCCAUUUUAAUAGUUUACUUUCCAUCUUUUGGAUGAAAUUUUUACUGUUGUCAAAGUCAACUGCUUAGCCGUUUAUAAUCGUACUUUCCUUUUAUGCAGCCUCCUGGUACUGCUGAAUCCCAGGCCCUUGUCGUGGCUGCUGAUAUUGGAGCUGUUAAUGGCAGUCCUUCCACUACAGGUAUGGAUAUCCAGGAUCAGUCACUUAUACCUGUGGGAUUUUCUUCCUUUGAAAGCCUUAGCGAUGUCCUGCUUACGAAAUUGGAGGAGGCUGAUUCUAAACAUAUUGAUAACAUGAGAGGUACACUCUCAGCACACGAUGAUACAAAUUCUUCCGCACCCUCAUCUGACAAAUUCAGCUUUCUGUCAAAAGCGGAAGCAAUGAUGACAUUUGCUCCUGAGUAUGCAGCAGUUGAAACAGUGGCCAGUGAGUUACCCAUGCCUAUUUUCAGAACUCUGUACCUACCCAAGUCAAAAAGGGUUGAGAGUUCUCAUUCUUGUUCUGGUGCUUAUUCGUACAAUGCAACACCACCUCCUUCUCCUCUGGUUGAACCGUCAGAAGAGAAGUCUGAGGUGUCAGUAAAAGGAAAGUUGGAGGCUAGUAGGCUUGAUGGGAGUUCUCCUAUUCUUUCUUCACUGUACUAUACACAUGUGCAGAGAGGGAGCAAACGUUAUGACAAAAGUAUAGUUCAUAUUGAUGAUGACUUGUAUUCACAUAAAGAAGAUGCUCCAUCUUCUAUUUCUGGAAUUAGUUUAUCAAGUACUUCAUUACGUGCUCAAGGGAAGAAGACUGACAGUAUCUUGGAAGUGGGUGACACCUUGUUAUCUCGCAAGACAAGCCUUGCCACAGAAGUUGAAUGUAUGAUGCUUCAAGCUGCUAUGUGUAGGAUCAGACACACACUAUUAUCUUGUCCAAAGCAGAUCUUUACGUCAUUGACAAAACAAACUGGGAUUAAGGUUUCAGAUCAGCGUUUGAGCGAAACUAGUCCCCUACCGGAUUUAAUCUCAGGCAGGAGUGAACUCAGAAAGAAAGAUUCAGUACCAGUCAGAAUUGCUGGUGAUAUUGAUGGUGGAGCCCUUGAGAGAACCCUUAAUUCGCCUGUGGGUGUGUGGCGGUCUGUUGGUGCUGCCAAAGGUACAAAGUCACUGAAUGCAAUGAAAGGUGACAGUGCUUCAUCUUUGUUGCAGAAUACAUUUGUUGAAGAAUCUUUAUCUGUAAAUGUUCAAAGCCAACCUCUGCAAGUGCUUCUAGAUGCCCUGCCUUUGGUAGUUCAGCAAUCUACUUCGUUUGUGGACAUUGCUCUUGAUUCAUAUGAUGGAGAGGAGCCCUAUUGUUGGCUCGCAUUACAGGAGCAACAGAGGCGUGGUUUUUCGUGUGGUCCUUUGAUGGCCCACGCUGGCUGUGGUGGACUGUUAGCAGCCUGUCAUUCUGUUGAUAUUGCUGGGGUCGACUUAAAUGAUCCACUUUCUGCUGAUGUAAGACACCGUUUAUGUAGUUUUUAUCAGUUUAUGAUUUUUGACUGUCUUUAUUAUAUGUUAGAAUGGUUACGAUUUUCUUCGUUCAGGAGACCAUAUUUUAUCCGAUUUUUUUUUAAUGAUUCCUACAUUUAUGUAAAAUAAUGCUCAGUAGAUAUAAAAUUCUACUUAUACUUGCAUUCUUGAUUUUCGGAUCUUCAGCUUGUUUCCUCCUACAGAAGGAUCAUGGGCAAAUACAUAGUAGAAGGAAGCACUUCUGCAUAAAAUGUAUUCUGAAGGAAUAUUGGCUAACCAUAGAUUUUCCUUUGUACAUCAUCUUUCACUGUAUCUUUUGACAACUCCAAGCUUUCUUUCAACGUUUCGUGAAUUCUGAUUAAACUCCAUAUAGUGAGGAUUGAAUUUGUUGUUGCCAAAAUUGGAAAUUGGAUUAUAUAGCGGGACUGGUAAUUGUUUAUGGAAUUUUUCAUGUUGAUCUGAUCUCAGGGUGAGAAUCCCUACGUAUUAAUAUCUCACUUACUGGUGCAGUCUUAUUCUUUUGUUACUUAGUCUCUUUGGCCUUUUUCGUUAGAGGAUUUUGGUGACUAGGAAACUGAAUGAUUCUUUCGUAGUAGUCCUGGGAAGUCCUUUGCAUUCUUUUGAAGCCCACAUUAUGCAUGGUUUUUGGGGCCUAAAUAGACAUUUGUUCUGCAGCUACAUCUUUCUUUUAAUUUAGGUCAUAAACAAGUAUUUUUCUCCAACAUUUCGGGCCUUGAUUUCGAAAUCAGAUUCGAUCUUAAUCCUAUCGGUCAUAUUGCUAUAUUUCUUGUAAAGGAACCUCUUAAUCGUGCUUGAGGAUCAUUGUUUUCAUUUUAUGUGGAUAUAUUUUGCCUAUAUCAUAUGCAUGUGCAUGGUUUAUCAUAAUACGUCGUACAUCAGAGUCGGUAGUUUCUACUUCUUAUUAUAAUGCUAGCUAGUUUUUUCUCCUUUAGACUUGACUUGUGUAUUUGUAUUUAUAUGUAUUCAUAUGCCUAAAUGUCAAGGAAAUAAGGAUAUUAUUUUCUCGGAGCAGGUUCAUGCUUCUUUUGUGGCCAGUUUGCUACAAUCAGAUGUUAAAGUAGCUUUAAAGAAUGCUUUUGGAAGCUUGGAUGGUCCGCUAGCUUUGACUGAUUGGUGUAAGGGUAGAAAUCAAGCAAGUGACUCUGUGACAGUCAGUGAUGGGUUUUCUGUUGACUGUAUUGGAAGUGAAAUUAAAGAAUCAAGUUCUAUUACCCUUAGGGGGGAAAGCAUCAGCCCACCUCAAGUUUUAUCUGGUAGUUCGUCCCUCCUAAAAGGUACAUUUCUUCUGCAUAUGAUAAAAUGCCUUUUGGAAGGCUGUCAAUAGAAAUUGAAUGAUUGAAGCUAUGCCAUUAUGCAGAUGGAACUGGAAUUGACGACCCAUUGCAAAGAAGAACAUAUCAAGACGCCUCAAAUUCUGAGCUAGAACAACCACACAACAGUUCCCGAUUUCGGGCAACAAUUUCCUUGAUUCCAUUUCCUUCUUUGCUGGUUGGGUAUGUUUUCUUCUAUAAUUAUCUUGUGCCUUUGAAAGUGAUCAUCUUCAAAACUUAUACAAUUUCAUCUCAUUAAGAAUUAAAUUAUACAUCUUAUAUAGUUACCAAGAUGAUUGGCUGAAAACGUCAUCGAGCUCCUUGGAGCUUUGGGAAAAAGGACCUCUUGAACCUUAUGCGUUACCAAAACCUGUGAGUUUCUUGAGAACCCAAACCUUUGUUCUCUCUCUCUAUUAUCUCUCACGCAUACACACGCACAUGUACCCGCACUGUCUACAAAUGUAUACGCUCAUGAAUGCACUCAAGCGCUUUUUUCUUUGCAUUUUACUAAUUCAUUUGCCUAUAUAUAUGCUUUGCCUUUUGUAGAUGACUUACUACGCGAUAUGCCCGGACGUUGAUCUCCUUUCUUCUGCUGCAAUUGAUUUCUUUCUACAGUUAGGGACUGGUAUGUUCUUUUUUUAACUUUUCUUUAAGUUUUACCGUUGCUUCAUUGAUUUUUCUUGGACUAUGUUUUCAAUUUUCAAUUUUCUGUAUAAUUAUCUUCUAUCGAAUAAAUGACUAUAGUUGUUUUUUUCUUAAAUAACAUCUUUGUAAACCGACCGGAGUUUAGAUUUAUGACGAAGCUACUUAAACGUAGAAAAUGUUUGAAGAGAAUUUUACCUGUUGGAGUAUUAUUAGAUCUCUAUCCAUCAAUCUAAAGCAUGACUGCUAAGUCCCUUUUGGGAAUAUCUGAGGUUUUAAAUGAAAAUCCUGUUAUCUUAAGGGCUCGAAAGAAAUUCAAUAGAGGAAAAAAUUUAGGAUUUGGAUAAUCCUUGGAAAUUUAUGACUAAUGGUGUUUUUUAAAUAACUUCAAGAAGUUUUUCCAGGAAGAAGCAACCUAUUUCAGUAGGACUGCUGAUUCCUGAGCGAAUCUGUGGUACCGGAAUUAAUAAUUCAUGUCCUUUCGUGUAGAAGGGCGUGUCAUGCGUAAGGUUGACCAAUAUGUUUGUCUUAAAAAAAAUAGUCAUGUUCCUUAACCGAAGUAAUUAAUUAAUUUUAAAUAAUUUAUCGAACUAUAAUAUUAUGGAUAGAAUGUUUGGAAAAUAAUUUAGAGGUUAUUUGCAUUUUGAAAUGCAAUGAUUUCCUCAGAAACAAUCAAAGAAAAAUGUGAGAAAGAAUAGGGAACGUAGAGGUGGCUGCUGAAAUAAUCUCACCAAAGCUUCUAACAUCACUGUGUGAUAGAGUCCUUAAUGAGUGUGAAAAGCACAGAAGACACAAAAAGCUGUUAAUAAGUAUUAGUCUUUAGGUGGGACAGAAAUACCUACAUAUCUUAUCCUAUACUUGGUAGAGGUAUUCCUGCUACUUGUUUUCCGUUUCUCCCACAAGUUAUGUAUGUGAACAACCCUCAAUAUCCUUUGAAUGAGCAUUCUUCACAAGAUUAUUGUAGCCCUUCUAGUACCACUUCAUGCCAUUGGUGAAUAGCCCUUGAGCAUUAAAAAAUACUUCCCGGCUCCUGCCACCACACUGUACUUCUCUCUGACAGAGAUGUCAAUCGAGGAAAAUCCUCCUAUCUUCAAGAGGCAUCUGCUGCCUAUCUGCAAUGCUAGUUUUAUAUUCCAUUCUGUUGUCAAAUCCCAUCAGUUGGGUGAGCGAAUUGUGCUUAGCUGGAGUGUUGGCUAUUUGUUCUAAAGGAAUUUGUGACUUAUCUGUUUUGUUCUCAUUAUGAAGGAUUGACUGAGGAGAUAUUGGCGCCAUUUUGUCUUGCCUGUUUUAUUUCUUAAAAUUAUCUCUCAUUCGUAGAUGAGGAAUGAAAUGUGACCUUGGAAUUUCGGGUCCUUCAGGUUAAGGCCUACUAUUUUGCAUUAACAUAUUCCAUCACCUAAAACUGAAGGAUCAUUCCAGUUUAUAAGUUCUCUCUGAAAUUUGAAGUUUUAAAAAAUAAAAAUAAAAAUUCUUGCUUCUCUUGAUAUCUCUAUUGCAUAUUUGAUCAUCACAUGUUCUUAAAAGAAGUGGCACGCCUUAUUGGAAGGCCAUGCGACCAUCAAGCACCUCUAAAUGAAAUGACUCUGUACCUGGAAUGGAUGUUCAGUCUGAGGGUUCCGUUUUUCUAUUUCACGCUAAUUCAUUUCAUCGACUGAAACCAUAAAGUUGAUGCUAUCUAAACGUCAGAUGCUUUUGUAAUUGUUAGUCUUUCAGAUAAAUUGUCCUCUCUUAGUCUUGUUGAAGGCUCACAUAUGUAGGGAAAUAUGGCUUUUGAUUUUUGCAUGAACUGUCGUCCAACACGAAAAAUCUUGAUCUGAGCCUUUUUUUAACAAAAUCAAGACUAAUGCACACAUUUUUUAUGUUCUCGUUAUUUUUUUCUUCCCAUCCUACAUCGACAGCCUUAACAUCAUUUAUAUGCUAUGACCCUGCUAUAAAGGAAUUGUUCGCGUGUUCCUUCUUAUAGAUUGAUUUUAUAAUGUUGUAUGCUGAACAAAACAUGAACCGACUUACGGAAAAGUUUCUCCUUGCAGUUUAUGAAACUUGCAAACUGGGGACGCAUUCGCCGCAUGGAAGUGGUGGACAGAUGGACCAAACCUCUGGAAAAUGUUCAUCCUCUGGUUUAGUCCUUGUUGACUGUCCCCAGUCACUUAAGGUGGCUAGCAGUAACAUUUCUGCUAUUAGUUCGAUGACGGACUUUUUUGUGGCUCUAGAAAGUGGUUGGGAUGUUAAGAGUUUUCUCAAGGCUCUUACUAAGGCUCUGAAGAAUCUUAAACUGGGUUCAUCUUCUGGAAUAAAUCAGAAAGAGAUCAAGGGAGGGUCUUGUGUGGUGAGUCCAGCAUUUCUUUUUCCUUCAUUUCUGGAGUUCAUUUUCUUGAAACGGUUAACCGGGGUGUGUAUUGUUUGGAAAUAAUUGCUGGUCCUGUAUACAAACGAAUAUUCAAGAAAAAGCUACGAAUAUUUCCACAAGCGGGCACCUUUAUUUACUUUAACUGUUCUUGCUAACUAAAAUCAAUGCAUGCUAACUGUGAUUUUUUAGUUACACUUUUAUGAGUGAUCUUUACUUAUUCUUACUCCAACUGUCCUUCUGUAUGGGCUCUGAACUCCAAAUAUAGACGUAAAUUGAGUGUUCAGAUAGAGUUGAUAUGACGAUGUACAGGCUUUGUUAUUUUUAGGAUAAUUCAUCCAUGGCCAUUCAUUUGCAAAAAAAUCGUAGAAACUGUUUUUCCAAGUAUGAUCUGGCCUCCAACCACUUUUGCGUUCUCUACGAAGGAAUCAAUUUAGAGUGCCACAGAAAUGCACCGUCAAUUCCAAAAAAUUUAGGCACUAGAAGACGAUUUACUUUUGAUAUCCCCCACUCCCCUCUUUAUACCUCAUUAGAUGAGGUAGUGUCCUCUAGGAAACUUUCUCAUAAAUCACAUCUGGAUCUGUGAUUUGGUGGGCAUCCAUAAAACUAUAUGCUGUUGCCUAUCCCAUCCAUUCUGGAUAUCUAGCAAACUUUCAUCUUGUGUCAGCACUUGUUUUUGGGUAUUUUAACAUGUAUGCAGCUUUUAUCAGACAUCAUUAUUUUAUUAGGAAGUCAGUUAAUGUUGUUCAUGCUUUGGUUUGCGCAAAGAGUGAAGGCUAUUUAAAAAUCAGUUCAUGAAAGAUCAGCCAUAAAUUGACCGAACUCUUGAUGUGGAUGUAUCAGGUAGUAUAUGUUGUGUGCCCUUUCCCUGAACCCACUGCAGUUCUGCAAACUUUAGUGGAGGCUUCAGCUGCUCUUGGGUCGAUUUUUUUCUCUUCAGACAAAGAGCGGCGUUCCGUGCUGCACUCUCAAGUUACGAAGGCAUUAAGUUGUGCCUCUGCUGCAGAUGAAGCUUCAGUGUCAAGUGUUCUCAUGCUAUCUGGUUUCAACAUCUCCAAGCUGGUCCUGCAGAUUGUGACUGUAGAUUCCCUAUUAAGAUUCAAACCAGGAAAUGAGCUUGCCAUGCUGAAGGAGUACGCGUUCACAGUUUACAACAAAGCUCGAAGGAUUCCUCGGGCUUCUACUGGCGAUGUUGCUCAGUCAGCGAUUCCAGGGAGACCUCAAUCUUCGCUGAUGCAUAUGAGCGCCACCAUGCAAGGUCUCUGGAAGGAGACCCUCGCUCCCCGAAUUCCCACAGCUGGCCUCGCGAGGGACUCUGAAAUCGAUGCUACCCUGAGGUCCAGCAGUUGGGACAGCUCCUGGCAAACUGUCAGGUCCUUUGACUCCCAUCCUCAAGAUGAUGUCCGGCUCCUGUUUGAGCCACUCUUUAUUCUGUCUGAACCCAGUUCUGUGGACCAAGGGAUUUCUCAUGUGCUCCCAGGUGGCUCUUUGUCAGAGCCCAGCACCUCAAGAGCUGCGGCUGAUGAUGGUGCUGGCGCUUUCAUUCAAGCUUCCAUUUCUGGAGGGAGUGCAGAUGCUAGUAUGAACUCCCACGGGGAUGGACCUGAGAAUGACCCAAAGGCGCCCAGCCUUCAUUGUUGUUAUGGGUGGACUGAAGACUGGCGCUGGUUGGUCUGCGUCUGGACGGAUUCUAGAGGUGAAUUGCUGGACAGCCAGGUGAUUCCUUUCGGCGGCAUCAGCAGCCGACAAGACACGAAACUCCUCCAAUCUCUUUUUGUCCAGAUCCUCCACCAGGGCUGUCAGAUUCUCUCAUGGUCUUCCGAUUCUGGAACCAUCCGCCCCAGGGACAUCAUCAUUUCCCGCAUUGGUUUCUUCUUCGAACUCGAACGUCAAGGUAUGAUGAGACAUUGAAUUUCUUAUGAUCAUAUCCUGUUGAGUCUUGUCUCAAAACUGAGCUUCUUCCUAUCACUGCUUUGAAACCUGCAGAGUGGCAGAAAGCUGUUUACUUAGUGGGGGGGAACGAAGUCAAGAAAUGGGCCGUGCAACUGCGGAGAUCCGCACCUGACGGGAUUGGCUCAGGGCACAGUGGAGCUUCGUUACAGCAGGACAUGGGGUCAAUCGCAGAGAGGCCACUGCCUUCUUCACCCAGUCCUCACUACAGCCCCCACGCAAAGCUGAGCUACAUGAAGAGCGGUUCGGUACAGUCCAACGCAAAGAAGCAGCUCUUGUCCGGGCAGACCACCGUGGACCUCUCGAGGGGGCUGUUCCAGUUUGUGCAGAGCAUCAGUUUAGUCUCAGUCCUGAUUGAUCACUCCUUGCAGCUGAUGCUGCCGGCCGAUGUUCCAUUCUCAGGUACUUUCUCAUCUCAUAUCCCUCUAUUUUAUAUCUGUUGCAAAUGAAAUUGUUUCCCCUAGGGGCCAAUGUUGUCUAGGCACCAGUAGUCUGUGGGUUUUUCCCAUCUCUCUCUCUCUCUCUCUCUCUAGCUCUCUAGCUCUCCCUUUGUCUGGGUGUUAUAUUACUAACUCUGUUGUUCUUUCUUCUUCAGGAGGGACUCCGACCAUCGCCAGUUCCUCUCAUUCGGGCUAUCUGGAGGGGUUCAGCCCGGUAAAGUCUCUGGGAUCGAUCCCGGCGGCGUACAUCUUCGUCCCUUCAAUGAGCCUUCACUACCUCCCCACGACUCCCCUCCAGCUCCCCACCAGCCUUACCUCCGAGUCUCCCCCUCUCGCCCACCUCCUCCACAGCAAAGGUCCCUCCAUCCCCCUCACCUCCGCCUUCGUCGUAUCCAAGGCCGUCCCCUCCGGCGCCACCGGCGGCGCCGCCACCAACGAGGAAUGGCCGUCAAUUCUCUUGGUCACCCUCGUCGACCACUACGGCAGCAGCAGCGGCAGUAACAGCAGCAACAUUCAGGAGAAGCUCCGGGCCAGCGGCGGCGGCGGCGGCGGUGGUGGUGGCAAGCAGCCGAGGAUCUCCGGCCCGGAGGUGGCGCUCAGAGGGCAUGAGAUGGAAACCAGCUACGUAAUGGAGAUGCUUGCCGCAGAGCUCCACUCUCUCUCUUGGCUGACGGUGAGCCCACUCCAUCUGCGCCGCCGCACGCCGCUGCCCUUCCACUGCGACAUGGUCCUCAGGCUGCGACGGCUUCUGCACUACGCUGACCGAGAGCUCUCCCGGCUCGCAGCUGCCGACGCGGCGGCCGCCUAG